CGGGAGCAGUGUGUCGUCUGCAUUUGCUUGGAUAGGGUGCCGGCUUGGAUAGCACACGUCGCUGACGGUUCGGUGCCUGUCGAGAUGACAUCUGCCCGCGCAAGGCAGAAGGCGACCCGGAGACGCGCUCAAUGAUGGAAGACUCUCACCGGUACCGGCUCCUCAAGCCCCUUCCUCUCCACACCGGGAAUGGCUACGACGGCGGAGCAGGCGGGGGCGGAGUCGUGGAGCACGACCCGAAGCUGGCGGCCUACUACCGGGGCAUCUCCAAGCACCUGGACCUGCUAUCGUUGCCGGCGCCCGGCGACCGGUUCACGUUGGUGCAAGUGGUCGGGGAGGGUACCUAUGGAGAGGUCUACGCCGCCAGGGACAAGCUUACCGACCGGCUGGUGGCGGUCAAGAUCAUGGAGAACAUUGCGGACAACGUGGAGGAGAUGGAAGAGGAGCACCGGGUGCUCCGGGACCUCUGCGUGCACCCCAACAUCCCGACCUACUUUGGCAUCUUCUUCCAGCCGGCCGCCUGCAGGGAAGACGACCAGGUCUGGUUCGUCAUGGAGCUUUGUACGGGCGGCUCAGUCACAGAUCUGGUUCAGGGACUUCGGAAAGCGAACACCACUCUACCAGAACGCACCAUCGCCUACAUUCUGAGGGAAACCAUGGACGCUUUGCGGUUCCUGCACACGCACCACUGUAUGCACCGAGACGUAAAAGGCCACAACAUCCUGCUCACGGAGACUGGGAGCGUCAAGUUGGUCGACUUUGGCGUUUCUUCGCAUCUGGACGAAACCAUGGGCAAGCGGAACACGUCCGUGGGUACCCCUUACUGGAUGGCACCAGAGGUGGUGGCCUGCGAGCGUCAGCUGGACUACUCGUACGACAUCCGGUGCGACGUCUGGUCCCUGGGCAUCACGGCCAUCGAGCUGGCGCAGGGGGAGCCGCCGCUCGCCGACGUCCAUCCCAUGCGCGCCCUCUUCCAGAUACCCAGGAACCCGCCGCCCAAGCUGAAGAACCCGGCCGAGUGGUCCGAUGAUUUCAACAGCUUCCUGUCGCUAUGUUUGGUGAAGGACUACGAGAAGAGGCCCCUGAUGUCCGACCUGAUGAGUCACAAAUUCAUACAGCAAGUUCCCAAGCACCCCGAAGAGAUCCGUCAGGAACUGGUCCGAAUCCUGCGGGCCCAGCACAAGGUGGGAUUCUGCAAGAGGUUACCGGAAGUCACCACCAAGCAUGGACAGCUCAAGACGGACCGGAAGUCCAGGCCGCAGCCCAUCCUCAUGGACGACCUCUCGGCUCUCGAGACCCUCACCGAAGAAAUCAUCGUGGAUCAGCUGUACCAAAGAUACAUGAGGUGCCAGAUCUACACCUACAUCGGAGACAUCCUUCUGGCCAUGAACCCUUUCCAGAAGCUCCCUAUUUAUUCCGAAGAGGCAUCCCUCAAAUACCGCAACCGUGCCAAACUGGACAACCCACCCCACAUCUUUGCGGUGGCUGACAGCUCCUACCACAACAUGCUGCACCAGAAGCGAAAUCAGUGCAUAGUCAUCAGCGGUGAGAGUGGCGCGGGAAAGACAGAAAGCGCAAACUUCCUCCUCAGACAGCUCGUUGCACUGGGAAAGGCAACGAACAGGAACUUAGAAGACAAGAUCCUCCAAGUCAACCCCAUCAUGGAGGCCUUUGGAAACGCCAGAACGGGCAUCAACGACAACUCCAGUCGCUUUGGGAAAUUCCUCGAUUUGACCUUCACGGAGCAGGGCAAAAUCACCGGAGGAAAGCUCUCGGUAUACCUCCUGGAACAGUCGCGGGUGGUCUGGCAGGCAUCGCACGAGCGCAACUUCCACAUCUUCUACUACCUGUACGACGGCCUGGCAGACAUACGGCAGCUGGGGACUUAUUUUCUGGACACGACGGGAAGACGUCAGCACAGGUAUCUCCAAGGAGCGGCGUCUGACAAAGAAACAGCGUCUGCCAACGUGGACAAGUUCAACAACAUCAAGCAAGGAUUCCAGCUCCUUGGCUUCCGAACAGCAGAGACGGAGACCAUCUAUCGCAUCCUGGCCGCCAUCAUCCACCUAGGGGACAUCGAGGUUCGGGCAGCGGAAUCCAACUUUCAGAACGACACCUGCGUCAUCACGAACGCCGAGAAGAUACCCCUAGUGUCCCAGCUGCUCGGAGUGCAGAGCCACGCCCUGCGGGACGCGCUGGCGUCCAGCAGCCUGGUGAUGCGCGGCGAGGUGAUCACCCGCUGCAAUUCGGCCCAGGAAGCCGAGAGCGCCAGGGACUCGAUGGCCAAGGCGCUCUACGCCAGACUCUUCGACUGGAUCGUCAACCAGACCAACCGGCACCUGUCGCUCGGACGCAUUGCCAUAGGUCUCCCCUUGUCCGUGGCCCUGUUGGACAUCUUCGGCUUCGAAGACCUGCAGAAAAACUCCUUCGAGCAAUUGUGCAUCAACAUCGCCAACGAGCAGAUACAGUUCUUCUUCAACCAGCACGUCUUUGCCUGGGAGCAGCAAGAGUACCUGAACGAAGGACUGAGCGUGCAACCGAUCUCCUUCGGCGACAACCGUCCAGUCUUGGAUAUGUUCCUGGGUCGGCCCCUGGGGCUGCUUGCGUUGUUGGACGAAGAGAGUCAUUUCCCGAGCGCUACGGACCAGUCACUCAUCGACAAAUUCCACAACAACAUCAAGUCCAAGUACUACCUCCGGCCCAAGUCCAAUGCCCUCCAGUUCACCAUAAGACAUCAUGCUGGAAAGGUGCUGUACGACGCCCGGAGCUUUGUGGAGAAGAACCGCAACUUCCUCCCGACCGAGAUAGUGCAGCUGCUCCGGCAGUCCAAACUCCCGGUGGUGCAGACGUUGUUUCAGUCCCCGCUCACCAAGACGGGCCAGCUGUACACUCCCUCGCAGUACACCUGCCAGAACAUGUCGGCGCAGAGCCUGGUGAGUCAAGCCAAGGCUCUGCAGACGACCACCACGUCGUUCCGCUUCUCGCUGAUGGACCUGCUGCAGAAGAUGAGCGCCGGGCUACCCCACUUCGUGCGAUGCCUCAAGCCCAACGACCACAGAGUCGCCGCAGGCUUCUCCAGGGAGAAGGUGCUCAGGCAGUUACGGUACACGGGCGUCCUCGAGACCAUCUACAUCCGGCAGCAAGGGUUCUCGCACCGGUACUCCUUCGUUGAGCUGCUCAAGAGGUACUGCUUCCUGGCAUUCAGCUUCAACGAAAAAGUCAUUGCCAAUCGCGAAAAUUGUCACCUGCUUCUGUCCCGGCUCAAAAUGGACGACUACGCCAUCGGAAAGUCGAAGGUCUUCCUCAAGUACUACCACGUAGAAUACCUGUCACGACUCUACGAGCAGCAAGUGCGCAAGAUCGUGGUGGUCCAAGCGGCCGUCCGGAGGUGGCUUGCCAAGCGCCAAGUCCAGAAACGGCGACUCGCCAUGGCCCUCGUCACGCAGAGAUGUCAGAUGAAGCUGCACAGAAACAGAGAUCCCCCAGUGCGAAGGAAAGCGGCGGCCCACAAACUCGCUGAGCCCCAGGAUGCAAGCUGGAAGUGCUUGGAAAUUCUGGACUUCUGCCAUAAGGCUCACCACGGCCCAACCAACCGGGCGCGUGGCCUGAAGAAGCCCCAACCCAACAACAGCAACCUGACGCAGCUCAUCAUGACUUGCCACCGAGUCUCCGAACUGGGACCGAGAAAUGUACAAGCCAUUGUGGAAGAGGUGCCCGUGCCCAGUGAACGGAGGCUCAACGGCCGCUGCAAGAAGCAGGACCAGCAGCUGCAGCAGAGGCCACAGCCCAAGAUGCCUCUGCACCUCAACAACUUCGACCAAAUCUGCAGCCACAAGGUUCCCAGCAACUCCAGGAUACCUCAGUUGACAGAAGCCCCGGUGAAACCGGCGCCAAGGGAGCUUCGUUGCAAACCCGAGGAAGAGCCGAGGCGUCAAGACGACGACAGCCAAUCAGCUUCGGGAAAUUCGAGCAGCUCCAGCAUCGGCGCCAGACCGACGAUGGUCGAAGUCGAGAUGUGGUGGCAGGAUGGAUCGCUCAAAGAAAACCAAGUCAGGCAACCUGAAACACCGACGAGGCCGGUGCCAAAGGUGGCGGCGUUGGCCCCCGAGUGCGACCCCAACCAGGGGCCGUACCAGUUCAAGAAGAUCCUGCGGCGGCCCACGCCGUCACCCCAGCCCUCGCCGACCAACCAGACGCCGGGAGUGUUUGACUUCCGCAAGCUCCUACGCAAGACGGACCACGCGCCGACCGAGACCCUGAAGCGUUGCAAAGGGCUCCUGUCGACGAGAUCGGUGUCGUCGGCCACGGAUUUAUGACCAACUUAGUCCCAGCCUGAUGCCAGCAUGUGCCGACCUGCUUCCAGCGUAAGCCGGGCUGUUGCGAGUGUGCGUCGGCGUGCUGCCAACUUGUGCCGGCCUGGUACCAACGUGUACCGACCUUCAUCCAGCUUUGCCGGCCUGACGCCGACUAUAAAAAUGUAUGUUAUGUGCUGGUGCGAACGGAGUGCAGAGGCAACUAGUCUUACCUAUCCGCGUCGAAAAAAAACAGCUUCUCAAUGUCUCCGUCUCCCCUUGAAUUCUCGUGAAUCGCAUCCACAUGACUAAAGGUAGGAAUAAACGACGAAACUGACUCGCGUGCGGGAAUUCAGACAAAGUCGCUUGCUUUGAAAAGUUCACCAACCCCUCGUCUGUCGUCAAUCUCGCCAGCUUCCAGCAGUCAUGACUGCGGUUUAUGUGGACGAAGCAUUGUGCUGAUCUACGCCUUUGUGCCUAUGCAAUAAUCGCACAGCUUGUUUCGUCCAUUAUAGCUCGAUGUAUUUUUUUUAUCAGUAAUACAUACUAAUUCAUCGUCAAGCUGAACGAUAAACAGUAUGUCUUAGGAAAGUGUGCGUGACACUUAAAUUCCAUCUUACGAGCAUCAGACGUCUGAAAUGUGGUAUUAAAAAAAAGGGGGGGGGGGGCCAGCUUAUUAAACAGAGUUACAUGGUGGACAGAAACAAACUUUGCACUUGUGUACAUGCCGCUUCUGUAAGCUGGCUGUGUUUCGUGACUUGAAAACAAACGUGUACCUAACAACCUACCUUCCUCAGGGCGCUUGAGCAACUACCACGUUGGCAGCAAAUGACCUCCAAUGCACAUGCGGGGACAAGUGUGUGCAAUAUAUAGCGUGCAUUUAUUGCAAUCAAAACGUGAACCUUUGUACAUAACGAAUGAGACUGUACAGAAGAUGUAAAAAAAAAACACAUUAAAACCAGAGUAUUGAAAAUAAAGGCCAACAAAUAUGUC